AUGGAGCCUCUGGAUCCUCCCAAGAAUGAGUAAGUCAGAACUGAGUUGUACUUUGACCACACACAGACUUCAGGGCAAUCCAGUGAGAUCCAACACAAUAGCUGGACCAUUAAUUCCUCUUUCAAGAAGCCUCAGUUUUAUUGAAAUGAUAAGCAUAAUAUAGGGAACAGCAGUCAGUGUAACACACCGUUGCACAAUGGCAACACUCAUUACAACUUUAAUAAUUAACUCAAGGAACCUAUAACAUCUUGUUUGAUCAUGUCAGCUACAAUUUACGGCAGAGUUGUGGUAUUAGUUUGCGUUUUAUUACCCCAGUGUUCAUAAUUUUAUGGCUUGUUGGUGUAUGGAAGAAAUUACUUAAGUAUGGUUUUAACAUAAAGCUUUGGUCUACAUGUCUUCUGGCAUUCACAUGAAGGUAGUAAAUCUGCAUUUUAAUAAAUGAUCAUUACCUUGUUACAUUAAUUCUCUUGUAGGGGAGGCAGUGGACACUCCAAACGGCGGCUUUCUUCUGUUAGUACUACAGUUGGUUUAUGGGCUAAGUUUAUAUUAUAGUUUCUCACCUUUUGGACCAACAAUAGUCUGAACUGUCUUAUCUGCUUUUUUUUUUUUUUCAGAUUUUGAAAGCACCGCGGAAAUCAGUGAGGUUACCUGACCCAGAGCAGCAGGAAAAUGUGGUGAAAAAAAUUGCCUGAUUUUAUAUUUUAGACCCAUGUUAGUAACUUUAGGAAUUGGUCAUGCUCAGUAAUAUAAGCCAUUACUUAUUUCGGAGUUUUGAGUUUGACAUUAACAGAAGUAUGUUUUAAUUAAUUAAUUAAAGUAUUGAUUUUAAUUGACUGAAGCAUUACAUUUGACAUUUUUAUAUCAUUUUACCAUUUUAUCUAACAAAGGUCGACGUGUGUGCCAAACCGGCAGAGAAGAGGAAUUCCAGAAGAGUCAGUUUUGCCCCUGCCAACGAUGUUCUGCUGUUUUCAAAGUGAGAAAGUGUAAGAAAAGAUGGCGCUUAUUUCCCCACAAGGAGGCUGUUAUUUCACCCAAACCCAUACUUUAUGUUUACAGGGAUGUGAAAAAUGUCUCUCCGGCUCGAAGUCCUUUACAAGAGUUAAUGACACCAAGUAAGUAUUCAUAAUGUGUCAUUUGCUGGUAUAUAUUUGUAUUUGCUUUGUAUCUUUGUAUUUUACCUAGCAUUGUUAAAAUAUCCCAUGUGUUGAUUAUCAGCAGGACUGGCAGACACACAAAACAAGUAAGAUGACUCUUAGACUCUUCCUUUUCAGCUGUAGAUAUGAUAAUAUUUUUAAAUUUUUAGUUUCACCAAACCAGUACAUUUGUUUUUGUCUUAAUGCAAGUGUUGUUCUUCUCUAAAAGGGUUCAGUUAGCAGUGACAGAAAAUGGAAUUCAACAAAUCACAGGUAGGAGCAGAAGCCUUUUUGACUUGAGACUGGCACAGAAACUGCUCGCAUUUUUAUUUAUCUAUUAAAAAAAAAAUUUGUAAACAUUUUUUUUUCUUUAAAAUUUAGGAAUGGAAACCUUGUUGAAUGCUCCUAUACAUGCUUCUCAGCAAAGAGAUAUGGUAACUCUGCUGUUUUGUUCUGUUUUGCUUAUAUAUAUUUAUAAACCUCUAGUUUUAAAAAAAAUGCCAGAAUUUUAUUAAUCAAAAUAUUAAAGCUCCUGUAAGGAACUUUCACUUUGUCGAAGUCGGCGCCCCCUGUAAACAGAGCAGUCUUUGCUUAUCUUAUCUCCGUAUCCACAUAAAUAUUGUCCUUCUGACUUAUGACAGUCAGAUGUGUCAUAGUUAUGUAUAUUUAAAAACAUAAAAACUGCUUAGUGGACAUCUGCCCCCUCAUGCUGUUUUUCAGCAAUCAAAAACUAUGAUAUCACAAUCAUCAGUCUUGUUGAUGAUGGUCUCAUUUGCUUUUGGAUAUUAUAAAAAAGCAACCAUAUAAAUUUUUGUCAGUUUUAUAAUCUUAAAAAAAACUCCUCACAGGAGCUUUAAAAAGCUGUUUUAUAAUAAAGUUUUCAUUGAAACACAUGAAGCGACUGGUCAUUAACGUAAAGCUGUUUGUCUUUACUAGGUCAGCUUUAAUGCUGGAAGUGAUCUUGGGGAGAAAACGGUGAUGUUCUCUACAGAUGAUGCAUUCAUGGACAUGACCCACUGUCACACCAUAAAUAUUGCCAGUGAUGCAGAUUUAGUUGCAGAUAUUUCCUUGCAAAACUCCCAAAUAUUACCCACUAGAGGAGAGAAAACAGUGAUGGCCACUGGGGAUGAUGGAUCCAUGGAUAAGGCUGUAAACACACAAAGUUGGUCAGCAUCUUUACCCACCAGCAGGGGACAGCAUGUAAGAGAAGAGAAGAAAAUCAUAGCCUCAGUGCCUUCUUUGGAUCCUGGAUUUGAAAGUUUCCUCGCAAGUCUCUCCAAACCAAGCCGCCCCAGUGCAAAUGCUGUUAUCACAAGAAUGACACCUCCUGAUGGAGCAACUUCUGGAGAAGCAAACAACUUCAAGAUGAAACCACAACAAGCUGAUACAGAUAAAGAAAAUCAGCCUCUUUCUUCUAUUCCAGCUGUGUUAGAGAAGACAAGAAAUGCAUCGAUUGCACUCUUUCCAGAUGAUGAUGUCAGUAUGGAUAUGACAAAAGCACUGACAGGACGCAUUCAGGCUUUUGCUGAGGAUGAUCCUUUUCAGUGUCUUUUUCCUUCACAAGAAAUGUACUCUCAACAUGACAGCAGAGUGUCACAAGCAGCAGAGAGAAACAAGCAGCAGCAGAGCAGGAAGACACUGCCGUCAUCAAUCUCGAAAGGUAUUUAAAAUUCAAAUACAAAGCUGAUUAGUUUGUGGGCUUAAUACCUGACAAAAUGGCUUUAUUUCAUAAUUUGUGGUUGUACAAAGUUAAGAAUUCAUAUUCUGACAAUUCAAUUUCAGAUACGUCAUCCUUGCGAAAUCUUUCUUUACGUGCUUCUUUACCAGGACACCAGGUGAGUCUUAAAAUAGGUUUACUUUGCUAGUACAUUUCUUAUCUCUGACAGUCCUUUAUACAGACAUUAAACAAAACCAAUCAAUUCGGAUGCUUUGAAAGUUUGAGAUGUAUCACAAAUAAAGUCUCCAGACUAAACUCAGCACAAAAAAGUACAUUUUUAUUGAUUUUGUUAAAGUUUGGGUUUGAUUUUCUUCCUCAGGUCAAACUUGGCGUGACUGACGAAUACAGAGAGAGAACAAUAAUGUUCACUGCAGGCGAUGACGUCAUGGACAUGACUCAGAGUCACACUGUACACAUUGCCAGAGGUUCAAAAAUAGACAGUGCUUCAUCUCUGACAGAGAGAAAAACCAAGGGCUCGUCAACAAAUGGUUUGGAUUUGGGAUUUAAGAACUUACUCGCCAGUCCCUCCAAAUCAAAUGCCCAAACAAUCCCCCCUUCUGCUAAAACCUCCAGGGGCCUGGGAGAGACAUUUAAGGGAUAUGCAGCAUGUCCUAAAAAUGAAGUUAGCAAGGGUGUAACAGAAGCUCGGAGUGGUCCAUCUGGCUCAGAUGAUCCUUUUCAGUUUUUAUUCCCAACUAAGGAUGUGAACCCAAGUAGUGUCACUGUGAAGACUGAAAAGAUCACCUCAGGACAGAAGAAGACAAAAGGAUUAUAUGAAGGUGCAGGUAUGAAAAAACCCAAACCACCAAAAUCUUUAUCAAAUUUGACUCAAAUACAGAAAUGAUAACAACCAGAAGUUGAAGAGACUUAGAGACUGUCAAUUACAAAAAAAAAAAACAAUAAUAAUAAUAAAAAAAAUAUGAAUAAUGGUGCAUGGCUUUAAAGACAUGAUUAAAGUAAAGAUGAAUUUCAUGUAUUAACACUGGAGAUGUUUUUCAGUUUCUUUCAUUAAUAAGCUUCUCAUUAGAUUUUAUUCCUUUGUAUUAGGUUUGGGAACUUCAUUAAAGCCAACAAAGACCAAGAUUCAACAAAAUCAGGUAAGCUUAAAAAUUAGAGCCAUUUUUAUUUAAAGGAUUAAAUUUUUGCAAAAUGAGUGAGAGAUACACAUACGAAUCUUUAUUUGAGCUAAUAUGCAUAAGUGAUAAAAACCUGCCCUGAUAGUAAUAUGUCCACCACAGCAUAUACCGAUUACACUCUUGAGCAAAGAUUUAGGCAGUUUUUAACACAAAAACCAAGAACUGUUCACACUUUUCGGUUGUCUUACCUUUGUACUGUGAACUAAAGCACUCCUGUGUGUGUCACAAUGUCCUCUUCAUGCUUAAAUCUUUAUCCAGCUAUUGGGCUUGCAGACUGAGUAUACUCACAGUGCUAAUACAAGUAGUAGUAGUAGUAGUAGUAGUAGUGUAUGUAGUAAACUUAAGUUGCAGAUUACACCGAAUGUAUGCAGAGGUAGGGGUAAAUCUGCAGAAUUGCUGUGCCUCGAGGUUGUAAAAGGGUAUUGCUAUUCAGUGAUUUCAGUUUUGUCAUCAAUAACUUGGAGCUUGAAGUAAUUUUCUGUGUCUCAAUGUCAUGUAUUGAUUCAGUUGAUGUAGACCACUGUAAAUUCAUGCAGAUACAUUGCAACUUAAUAUAUUUCCUGCAGCUUUCAAGGGUGGUGCCCCUGAUAUUGUGUUUUGAAUAUCAACUAUUAAGUGAACUUCACUUUUGAACUUUUUCCACCCACAGGUCAAAUUUGACUCUGAGGAUAACCAGAGAGAAAGAACAGUCAGGUUUUCUGCAGACGAUGGGUGUAUGGAUGAAACGAGAAGCCUCACAGUAAACAUUGUCAGUGACUUAGAGCUGCAGUCGACCCAAAGCUUUCCUACCUUUGGAGAGAAAACCGUGAGGUUCACCGCAUGUGAUGCAGCAAUGGAUAUGACACAGAGUCACACUGUAAACAUUGCCGCUGAAUUGAGUUUGCAGUCGCUUCAGAGUUCAGACUUUUUACCCCAAUAUGGAGAGAAAACAGUGAGGUUCAAUGCAAAUGAUGCAACCAUGGAUAUGACCAAUUGCCUGACAGUAAAUAUUGCAAGCAAUGAAAUUUCAGAGUCAGCUCUAUCUGCAGUAUGUGGCCCAUCUCAAGGACAAGUCUACCCAGAAAAUGAAAUAAGGAGAAAACUGAAUGAAGGAGGAGAAGCUGAUGUUAGCAUGGACAUGACUGAAGCUCAUACAGGACGCAUUUUACAAAUACCAGCUACAGAUGCUCCUCCUCAGUGUAUUCCUGGCUCACAGCUGCAGCACAGAGGAUCAGCUAACUUAAAAGGUAAGAGAAUUCCACAUUUUUCAGUUUUUGAUCAUUUUAAGACUUGUGAACAGCCCAUGAUUGUGGAAAUGUUUCUUUGUUUUUGAAAGUUUUACUACCAGUAUGCUUCACUUUCUGUAUCUUUAUCUAGGUUUGGACACCUUAUUGGCUGCCUCUGUUAGGACAAAGCGGCAAAGGCACCAGGUGAGUUUUUUGGAUAGACAAAAAUCUAUGUGUAAUUGCAGUUUUGUCACAUUUGUCUAAAGUUUAUAGAGCUGUUCUGAAUUAACUAUUCUUUAAAAAGCAAAUUUUAAUUCAAACUUACUAACCAAACUUUUAAGCUUAGAAAGAAACCCUAAAAACAGUCAAAAAAUGAGGCUAAACCCAACAUCACAGGGUCUGGAAAGAAUGUCAAAUUAGUUUGCAGUGUUUGGCUACUGUUUGCAAAGCUAGCACCACAGCCUUCAGCCUCCUUGCAAGUUACCAUCCACAUAAUUAUACUGGUUAUGCAGAGCUAAGCUUUGGCCAGUUUAAUUUGUCACACCCUACAUACAACUUUGCCUCCAUUGUGUAGUUAAACAUACUGAUGAACCACACCGUAUUAUGUGGUGCCAUCUGACAUCUAGUGCUGCAACGAUUAAUCGACGUAAUCGAUUACGUCGACACGACAAAUUCAUUAACACGACAAAUUCAUUGACACGAAAACGAAGCGUCGUGUUAUUGUUGUUAAGAAUCACAUGCCGGCGCCUCAUGCUCAUCUAUAACUGCAGUGCACUACAGGAUGUGCUGGAGGCAGUAGCGCUCGCCGUUUACAUCCCGCGAGCAAACACAGAAGAAGAGUGCACACAUGGCAGAACAAACUGAUAAAGAUGCUCCAAAACUCAGACCCAAAACUUCAAAAGUUUGGGAACAUUUUACGAAGAACAAACCAAAAAAACACGUUGAUCAAAGCUCAGCUUUCCUACCAUGGCAGCACCACAGCGAUGCAUGAGCACCUGAAACGCCGACACCCCGGAAAUAGGUGUUUAUAAAUAAAGAAGAUAGUGAUUAAUCGGACGAGUAGUCGAUAGAUUAGUCGACCAAAAAAUAAUCAUUAGUUGCAGCACUACUGACAUCUGUGCCUGCUUACAUACAGGCAGUAGAGCGUUGUAGUAUCAUGGCAGCAACAGAGCUACAGCCUCAGUGGUGGGUGGCUGCUGAGACUCAGUAUAGAAGCAAUACAGGACUGACACUUCAGGCCUGCAGUAAUAGAAUUUGAAUACCUCCUAAAGGUGGGGUAGGUAGGAUCUGGGGAAGUGCCAGUUUUUGGGUGAAAUCUUAAAUGUAAACCCUACCCCUCCCAACCAGUUUUCCCCACAGCUCCUCCUCCUCCCUCCCUCUCUGCUCCAGCAAGCCCUGCCCACAAACAGACGCUCCUGUUCGCUCAUGUUGUUUCAAUUAAAUUCAGAUAUAAUGCAGAUAAAUACUUAAGAUCACAAAUGGGGCCCAGUCAACGUGAAAGUAAAAAGCACUGGUGCUACUGUAGAUGCCAACAGACUACCAGCAAACACAAUGUUUGCAGGAGUUCUACAACUAGCAUAAAGUGACAUACUCCAGGACCUGAGGUAAACAGUUUAGCAGUGCUACAACACGCAGUAGGUCCUGUUUGACAAGAGACACUUCUGUUACAGACACUUUGCUUACUUUGUUAAAGUGGUUUACCUGUCCAGCAGAAAGGUUACAGGGUCUGUAAGAUCCCGAAGCGUCCCCCAUCGUUUAUGCUGAUGUUGACAUGCCUUUUAGCUCUUGUUCAGUCUACCUCCAUUUUAAGCGCCCUUUUUUCCGCCAGAGUCUCCGGUAUUUACUUUGUUUUCUUGCUUGUGGUGGCAGUCAUGGCCAAAGGAGGAUUCAGACAAUUUCCAUACUUUCUGGUUGGUUUCUACUGUCCGAUAUUGUAGCACGCUGACUUUGUUUGGGCUUGUGCACGUUAUUCGAGGACGUGGAGCUUGCCUCACAACACGGGAGAGCAGCGUCCACCACACAACCAAUCAGGUUGGGGAGGUGGAGAAUGGCUUUGUUUACAGUCAGAAAGAGCGGGCCGCUCAAAAAAUUUAAAAUGUUGACUACACAGACAUAACAGAACACAGCGAUAUCGUUAUAUUACCAAGUGUCAUCAAUAACUUAUAGCUAUUGACUGAUAUUAAAAACUUUUUUGAAUAUACACCACAAAAAAAGAUGCUUCUUUAACGGAAUCCUGCCUACCCCACCUAUGAGUGACUAGUAGUUUUGGUUGUUUGGUUAAUUAAAUUUGCACAUUUCUAGUAGAAGCCAAACCUGUAAUUUCUGUCUCUGUCAUGUAAUUGCAACAUUUAAUGUUACCCAGCAAUUACUGACCAAAACAACUCAGUUAUCCCCAUGUCUAAUCCAACUUUAUAUGGUGCCACUUCACAUAAUUCUUUAGUGUUUAGGUUUUUUAAAGUGUUUGUGAUAUUUUUGCUUAAAAAUGGAAUAAAAUUCAAUCAGUGAUUGUUGCACUGGCAUAGUGAAAUGUUGCUUUAUAUGACUCCAUGAUGGCAUAAUCAAUGUUAACAAUGUCUUUUUCAGGUGGUCUUUGAUUCAGGAGAUGACCGCAGAGAGAAAACAAUAAGGUUCACUUCUGACAAGGCAGCUAUGGAUAUAACAAGAAGCCUCAUUGCCACCAAUAUUGAACCCAAGACGCAAGAAAAAGAAGAGGUUUUACCUACAAAGGGAGAGAAGACAAUAAGGUUCACUGCUGAUGAUGCAGCUAUGGAUGUGACAAGGAGUCAUACUGUGAAUAUUGCUACCGACUCCAUCCAACAAUCUGACCAAGUUGCAGAUUUUUUACCUUGUGGAGAGAAGACAAUGAGGUUCUCUAGAAAUGAUGCAGCUAUGGAUAUAACAAGAAGCCUCACAGUCAACAUUGCCACCAACUUUGACCCAAAGGCACAGCAAAAGCCAGAUGUUUUGCCUACUUGUGGGGAGAAAACACUGAGGUUUUCUGCGAAUGAGACAGCUAUGGAUACGACAAGGAGCCACACUGUAAACAUUGCCACUAACUUUGAACCACAACCACAAGAAAUGGAGGCAUUUUUGCCUACUUGUGGAGAGAAGACAAUGAGGUUCACUGCAAAUGAUGCAGCCAUGGAUGUGACUAAAAGCCACACUUUCAACAUUGCCACCAACUUUCAACUACAGUCACACCAAAUGACGGAUGUUUUGCCUUCUUGUGGCGAGAAAACACUGAGGUUUUCUGCAAAUGAUGCAGCCAUGGAUGAAACCCAAUGUCUCACUGUAAAUAUAGCAAGCAGUUCAAAAUCAGAUUUAGCCAAAACAAAUCGGAAAUCCAACAUUUUAACCAUCCAGGAAAACAGUGAUUUUGCUUUAUUUGAAAAGAGGAGGGAGAAUGAGCCAAAUCAUCAGCGUAGAAGCAGAUCUUCUGUUGCUCACACCAAACUUAACAUCUUCCAAGAGCAACCCACACAGAGUAAUGAUACGGAUGUAUUAACAGCAGCUUUUGUCUCAGCUGACACAGAGAAACCGUCCAAUAAAACCAUGACAGAGGAAAAUAUUUUCAUGGAUAUCACUGAAGCUCAAACUGGCCAAAUCUCUAGUCAGACAUGCACAGAUGAACAACCUCGAGACAUUUCAUGCACUCAGGACAUGAGCCCCAGACAAACAGAAAUGACUUCACAGAACAACAAAGCACAGGGAUCAUCCAACCGUCAAGAUUCUCUCGACUCAAAUGACAGUGACACAUGGAAAGAACCUGAACCAAGACAUCAAACUCAGCCUUUAUCACAGGAAACAGAGAGUUCACCAGCUGCUGUUGAUCAUGAUGUUGACGCAGCACCUCCACGAAAGUCCAGACGGAUGAGUUUAGCUGAUCUACAUUCAAAAGUAAGACGUCUGAGCCAGCUGAUGAAUACAGCUCCUGAUGCUGCAACCAUAGAUAGCUGCAUAGCACCUUUGUCUGAACCAGAACACAACCUGAACAAAAGCCCAAAAGACAAAACAAAACCCCCACCUGAAAUGCAGUCUGAAGAUGAAACUACCCCGGCAAGCUCUGAUGAAAACCCACAAGCUCCAAGUUAUGAAGAGAAACCCUCUCCAACCAUCCCUACCACUCCUUUCAACCUGAAGACAACACAGCUUAUCUCAAGAGUCUCUUUCAGCGGCGUUAAAGCAAAACUCCCCCACAGAAUUAAACCUGGGGAACCAAAGAAGGGGAAUUCUGUUGGAGAGCACACAAGGACAAUGACUAGGGGUGUUACCAAUCAACUGAGCACUUUUGACGCUGACGUGAGCGAUAUUAAUGAUGAGGAGCUAGGCAGUUUCGAAGACAUGUCAGAAACCUUUGAUGCAAGGACCCCUCAGAAAACCACUCUAAACCUUGGUCCUUCUCUGAAAUUCAAUAUGGAGCCUUUCCAGGAUGAUGUGUUUGAACAAGACUUCAUUAGUGCUGUCAGUGGAAAGAAGAGGCCUUUGCCAGAAGAGGAGAAUGAUAUGGAGGAGGAUGAGAAGAGGAUAAAAGCCUCCACUGAGAUAGCUGGGGAUGUUGAAACAGUAGGUCAUAUUAAGAGUACUUAGAUCUAAAAAUUUUGUACAGAAUAUUUGAUUUUGUUUCAUGUUUUGUGUUUUACUCUUUUUUGUGUGUGUGUGUAUUUUCAUCUUUUUCCUCUUUCUCUUUUUCAUCAGGAAUUUCAGUGUCAUGUUGAUGCAGAUGUUGCGGUAGAAUGUGAAGGUAACGUCACAGCAGCCCCAAGCACAGAUUUCUCCAACAUUAGUCACACAGCCAGCAGGUGUGAAGUUACAUCCGAAUCAAGUCAGUGGUAUUUCUGUUACGUAGUAAUAGUAAACUGUUUUGAUAUGUUUUCUCAUAUUGUUGAGCUUCCCUUAAUUUUGGACAGUUAAUAACUUGUUACUUUUUUGUUUUUAGCUUUUAAGCAUAGCCUGUUUGAAUCGCAGCUUGAAGAAUAUGCCAAUGAUGUACAGAAGGUAUAGUGUUUAUGUAUUUCAUAAGAAUAUCUUUAACUGAAAUCAAACUUUCGUUAAUGCAGUUCAUUCAUUCUUCUUCAAUGUUUCGGCUACAGAAGUUUGAUGAUGGCACCGUCACAGUGUUGGAGUUCUUUAAAAUCUUCAGCAUAGACUUUGUCAUCCAUAAUCCUCGACAAAGUGUCUUCUGUGCCAGGGUGAGUUUAUCUUUAUUUACCAAUUAAUAAAAUAUCAAUUAAAAGAAACUCAAAACUGUUUUAAUUGUAUUCUUUUGUGUAUGCCCAUUUGUUUGUUCCUUUGUUUGUUUGUUUCAGCAGCUUUUGUCAGACAGUGAUCGCACACCAAUGGAUGUAAUGAAAGACAGGCACAUCAUCUGUCCCAAACAAACUGUGUAUAAAUCAGAUGUCCUUAACCUCACAGAGAAAGUAGAGGGGUAUGUACACUGAACAAUCUAUUCUGCUUAAAUGACCAAGAAUUUGGAUUGAUUAACAUGUAGUUUGUCGAUGUUUGUUUGGGACGUAAACAGGGUCUGAUUUGUUUUAAAGAUACGGGGAGGAACUUUCGGUUUGUCAACUUUGGCGCCCCCAAUGUGGACAAUGCAGCCUUUGUUUAUCUUGUCCUAUAUAUGCUUAAGUUGCAUUCUCGGGCAAACGCUCUCAUCAUUCUUGCUUUUGACAGUCAAAGGGAAUAUGUAUUGUGAAUAUUUGACAUGAAAAAUAUCAGGGCUGUUUCUCCAGCUCCUUGCCUUAUACCUACCCCCCCCCUCCCCCCCCACAGCUGUGUCAAAAAUUCCUUAAAGGUGCUUUAAUUGAAAUGUAGCGCUCAUGUUCUCAGAGAUUGAAAAUAAAGUCUGUGUGAUUUUUCUAAGUAAUCUUUGUUUGACAGCUUAGUUGUUGGCAAAGCAGCACAGUUUGUUAAUCAAUGCUCUAGAAGUGAGGUAUUAAAACCAUCCCUAGUUUUUGAGUCUUCUUAAUAUGAAGAUGUCACAUUGUUUGUCCUCUCCUCAGGUUGAAGGCACGAAUGCGGGACCUGGACAAGCCUUUAAGGAUUGUUAAUAGAGCUCUUUGGGAGGAAAUGAGAAAUUCGUCAGAGAAGGAGGUACUAAGAAAAACUUUAUUUGGAAAAACAGCUUUUGCAAUUUUUUGUGCCAUAACGGCUGUGAAGACAUGAUAUGCCAAGACAGUCAGGUGGAAAAAGGUAAAUAUCAGAUGCGGUCCUAACUCUGUUUUAUUUCAUUUACAGCUCAAAUCUUUUGGUGCAAAACUCAAAGAGAGAAACAGCUUGUUCAGAAAGACGAGCAAAGCUCAAUCACAUGAAAUGAAGGAGGUCCUGUACUUAAAUCUUGUGCAGGCUAACCUGGUAAGAGCUUUCUCACAGAAAUACAGAGACAUCAUGACAACUUUCUUUGAAAACUUUUGAAGGCACAUAAUUAAUAUUUCUUUUUCAGGAUGAGCAACAGAAGUUGAUAGGGAGGAUUGAGGAGGCGGACCAGAUGAUAAAAAGUCUUGAUGACUGCAUUCAUGAAUUAGAAACGGGUACAGACCAGUAAUGCUGCCUCUAGAAGGAGUCUGUGUCUUUGUGGUUCUGAAAACUGUAAAGCGUGUUGUUUUCUUUUGUUUAGAACUUGCUGCAGUUGAAGAAAAGGACUCAGAGGACACACCGAGUCUGAAAUCAAGCCUGCAAGGUCAGCUGUGGAAGCAGUUUAGAAUUACAUUUCCCUUUUUUAAUGUGCUAAAAAUGAAUAUUUCUAAACAAUUAGUGUUGGUUUUCUUUAUUUAGAGCUGCAGAGAGUGACUGAAGCUCUGGCAGAUGCUGACAGGUAGGUGAAGUUCAUUAAUAUAGAGACCAACAGAACAGACUCUUUUCCCAUAUAGGUUUUAUUCAUGCAGACCCUCUUUUUCUUGUGUGUUUUUUUUUCACAGACAAUUAUCUGAGCUGGAGAUGCAGAAAACAAAGAAUUCAAAUAAAGUCACCAAGCUGAAGGUUGAGACAAAGAACCUGGAGAGCCGUGCUGCAAUGCUAAACAUGUCCGUGUCUAACUUUUCAUGUUUUCACUUCUUUAUUGUUGCUUUUGAACCUCAUUAGGGCCUCGUUUACAAAAGGCUCACAUGAGUUAAAAUAUUCUGUUUACAUAGUUAGUCUUUGAAUGUUUGCAGUUCAGCAUUGGCGUAGUUUUGUGAUUUAACAGCCUUUGCCUACCAUUGUGUUGAAGCUCAUGUACAUUUCUCACUCCAGGGUAAAUGAAUGGAGAGUUGGAGAGAGGAGGGACGACUUCACAGUCUACACUUUUCUCCAUGAGACCCUCCACCUACAGCUGGAGUUUGACAAAUCCAAUGGUAAGACUUUAAAGGCUGGGAAUGAGUUGUUUUUAAAAAAUCUCAAAAACAACAUAAAAUCAGUUUUUCCACUAACAGCCCUUCACUGUUUCCUAAGUGACUUCUUUUUUUGAAGAAAAAAAAAAAGCUGACUUGGAACAUGAUUGAUUUUAGCCCCAGUAACAUCAAUAAAUGCUCUGCAGUCAGAAACAAAUACCGCUCUGACUUUGCACAGAGUUGCAGUCCAUUAGUUAAAGCUUAUAGAGUGAAAUGUAUUUGCCUCAUUUUUUUAUUCAGUUAACACCAAAGCUCAAAUGCCUAUUUAAAAAAUAUAUAUUUCUAAAAACAGUGUAUGUCUACUUCCUUUUUUUGUUGUUGUUUCUAAAGAAAAUGAUGCUGGAAAUCAGUCUGAGAGGAAGAUAUCUCACAUCUCCUUCAAACUUCAGCUUGAUGGUAAGAAAACACAAGAAAGAACAUGUAGUGGCUGUUUUAAGCUUUGGUUAAACAGAAUUCUGUAUUUGAUUUGUUAAUAUAUUAUUUAUAAUAUAUAUAGAUAAAUAUUAUAGUAUUUUUGUUUGGGUUUGAAGUGGUUUUUUCUACUUAAGUAUCUGUGAACAACAUAUUUUAAGUAACAAUAGUGUAUUGUAAAACAUUGUCUAAACAUUUUACCUUAGUCAAAGACAUAUAUCAUACCAGCCUAUAUCAUACUAAUAAGAAAUAACAAUUCUAAACUGGAAUAAAUACUUUGUUAAAUAUUUGUAGUCCAUGGUCCAUCCCCAAAACAUACAUAUUCCAGGACUCCUUCAGACUGUCACUUUCUUGGAUAACUGAUGGAAAAUAUUGAACUUUUUUAAAAAUGCACAAGGCUAAAAACUUUUACAAGUGGGCUUAUUGAAAGAUUUUGAGCUGAAGAGACAUUAGCUCUACCUGUCAAUUUUAAAAACUGCUGCUGCACAUGUUGUUUUCACAUCCAGAUGAGAAGUCUCAGGACCAUGCCAGCCUGGUUCACAAACUGCUGUCCCAGUACAUCCAUGGACAAACUUCCUUGGUGGAGAAAUAUCCGACAAGCAGACACAUUCCAAAGGUUGGUGUGGAUGGGUUUUUAUUUCAGUGAUGGGCAUACAGCAUAGACUGUAUAAAGAAUGGACAGCGUCUGCCUCCUCGUUGGGUGAAGCCACCCCGAGAAGAGCACUCUCUGUUGGCGGGCUGCAUUAUAGGUCAUAAAUCCCACCUCUGCAGGAAAUCAAAGCUUAGCUUAUGGGGCUGUGGACAAACUUUAGAAAUUUAUUACACAGCUAAAGCUGCGUCAUAGUUGUGCGGUAACCUCUUGUUCAGGGGUUACCCGCACAGCUAUAAACUUUUUCUUGAGCUAGACUCAACUACCAUAGCAGGAUUAUGAAAUCCAGUGAAGUGAGGAGAAGUAACACAGUCACACAGAAAUGGCUCAUUGUGGGCAUCAUGUUUGUGUCACCUGUUGCCUGUAGUUGCUUCAUGACGUUGGCUUGGUUGUGAGUCGCUGUCGUCUGCUGGGAGAGGAACUGCGUCUGCUCAAAACAUGGGGGGCUCUGAAGCUUGAUAUUCUCAGCAUCAGCUGUGUGGAUACUCAGUAAGUACUCCACCCUUAAGAAGUUAUAAGACAUGAAUAAUAUGUAAUACUUUGCCUGGUGUAAAUUUUUGUGAAUUAUUUGGCUUUUCUGAUGCAAAUGUAACUUAUUUUUGUUUUUUCCAGGGUACACAUUGUCUUCAGCAGCCUCAAAAAAUUCACCAAGUUUGAGGUAAUCUUCUCUACCAGUUUGAGCAACCAACUGUACGUCCUUCAAGUGCAAAGCUUUAGGAACAUGAUCGGGAGCACAACGUGAGUUUCUCUUUCACUUUUUCGGUAAACAAUGCUACAACGAUACCAUAGUCCUUCAGGGUUCGAGAUGACCUUAAGAACCAUAACAUUUGAUAUUUUCUUGUCAUUUGCAGACUUGAACAGAUUGAAGAGUUGGUGGCAUCAAUCAGUCCAACCAAGAACCUCUUGACAAAGAUAAUAAAAAAGAUCCAUGAAAAUUUGCUCUGCUGAGGCAAGAUAUGUACCUAGUUUGAAUUUUUGUAUCCAGUUAUUGUAAAUAAAUUCUUUUGUACAAUAUUUCUGUUAAAAUUAAAUCUAUUGGCUGUCUCAUCUUGAAAUGAAAAAUAAUCUUGUGUUCUCCGCCUGAGUAUGUUUAUAUUUUUUUGUUGUUUAUAUGUUCACAUGAUGGAACUGUGACCGAUUCAAUAAAAUGUAGUAAAACA